UCGCUGGGUUUCCUGUCUGCUAUCAAACAGUUUAUUCAAAUAUAUAUAUAUUUUAGAAAUUAUUUAUAAAACCCAAUACCGAGAGCGAACAUGAAGAAGAGGCCGUUUGGACUGCCCGUUUGGACGCCACUGUUCAUCCUUUUCUUGCUCCUCCUGGCCGGCGUUUGGGGUAAGCCUUCGUUUGGCGUGAAUCGCCAUGGGCUGCUGGACAUGUACCACCAGCAGGUGCAUGGUUCAUCUCCUCAAACUAGAAAGGGCGUCGAGUGUCCAGCGGAUGGAGUGAUGAGUUUCCAGCAGAGCCACUUGGAUAGAUCAAUGAAUCCUUUCAAAGCCUUUCUUUCUUGGCCGGGUAAGCAACAGAAACUGGACAAGGUUGACAAGUACAAGCCAGCUGAGGAUGACUUCGGUGGCCAGGAAGAGCUAUCCAAGUACCAACACGAUGAGCCGCUCUUCGAUCUCAAAAUGUCCAAGUACCAAGGCGGUGCACCGCUUUGUGAUACCAAACUGGAUAGGAUUCUGGCCCAGGACGAUGAGUCGGACUUUGAGCGCAAGCUGGGAUUGAUGGACCAUCACCUGGAUGCAGAUCACUUCAAUCACUUCAACCUGGAUGCAGAUCACUUUGAUCUCGAUGCAAAUCACUUCACUCAGGGCUCAGACCACUUCAAUCAGGGGUCAGAACACUUCAAUCAGGGGUCAGCACACUUCAAUCAAGGGUCAGAACACUUCAAUCAGGGGUCAGCACACUUCAAUCAAGGGUCAGACCACUUCAAUCAGGGGUCAGAACACUUCAAUCCGAUUGGAGAUCAUUACAGUCUGGAUGCAGAUCAAUUAAGUCACGAUGUGAAUCAAUUGAGUCACGAUGUGAAUCAAUUCAACGGGAAUGCAGAUGACGUUAAUCUGAAUCGCGACCUGGAUAUGUUUGACAGCAUUCAAGCUAACAAGCCCGAAUUGGUAAAUAGUCCCAUGAUGGACUACAAACGUGAGUUCGCCAGCGAUGAUGCCAAUCCCUAUGUCGAGAGCCUUCAGCAGCGUUUUGAGCCUUUGCCGCAUGCCUAUAAGGAUUAAUCCAUAAUAUUAUAUAUAUUAUUAUAUUAUUAUAUAUUUUUCCAUAAAUCGUUAAGUGUUUAAGGCUUACUAUUUGUUCAAAUA